AUGUCAAAUAGCAAAAGGGAGGAUAAAGAGGAGGACAUGGUGAUAACCACCAAAACAACAAAAGAAAACAAUGUUCUGAGAAACACAAGUUAUGGAAACUUGCAAGUUGAAGCAAGAGCAUCAUCAACUUUGGAAAUAGAAAUCGAAGCAAAAUUGAAUCAAUUCAACAAGCCUGCCGUUAAAAGCAUUAAGAGUGGAGAUGGGGAUAUGAUUGACUGUGUGGACAUCUACAAACAACCUGGUUUUGACCAUCCUUCCUUAAAAAACCACAAAAUUCAGAUGAUACCUGACUCUUUGCUAAAACAUCAGAUUUCAAACACAAUUGAUGCUUCCCAAUCAAACUCUGAAAAUGUAUUUCAGACAUGGCAGAGAAGUGGAACUUGUCCAAAAGGAACCAUUCCUAUUCGUAGAAUUCUAAAGGAGGACUUUCUCAGAGCUGCUUCGUUCGAUCGCUUCGGGAUGAAACCCCCAGCAAUUUUUAAGAAUUCAACAAAUCCCUACAACCUUUUUUCCCCUAACCUCAAAACCUCCAAUGUAAUUGUUCCGGAAAAUCGUUCGGCAGCAUAUCUUGUGACAAUGGGAUACAAUUAUAUUGGUGCAGAAGCAGAUAUUAACGUUUGGAAUCCAAAUGUUGACCUGCCAGAUGAUUUCACCACUGCUCAAAUCUGGCUUAAGGCUGGAAGUGAUGUUGGAUUUGAAAGUGUCGAAGCAGGCUGGAUGGUGAAUCCAAAGUUAUACGGUGACAAAGCCACCCGGUUGUUUGCCUCUUGGACCAAGGAUUCAUAUGUGUCAACAGGUUGCUUUGAUCUUACUUGCCCUGGGUUUAUUCAAGUAAACCCCGAUGUAGCGCUUGGUGCUGCCUUAGAACCUGUGUCAUCCCAAUCUGGCGAUCAGUAUGACAUCAACGUUGGAAUGUUUUGGGAUGCUGAUGGGAAUUGGUGGCUUUUACUGAAGCAUGAUAUAGUGGUGGGUUAUUGGCCCUCCAAAGUGUUGGGUUCUUUAAGACACAGUGCCAUAUUGGUUGAAUGGGGUGGACAAGUUUUCAGUUCAAAUUUACUAAAAACAACCCCUCACACGCGAACAGCUAUGGGAAGUGGAGAACACGCGUCGAGUCAACUUGGGGUUUCAUGCUAUAUGGGCCGUGUGAGGAUUAAGGAUUAUUCACGUACUCUCAAGUACCCUGAAUUUGUAUAUCCAAUUGCUGAAGAACCUUACUGCUACAACGCCUUAAAUGACGUUAAAUAUGGAGUGGAACCUGUCUUCUAUUUUGGAGGGCCCGGACAAAGUCCUCCUUAUUGCCCUUGA